UUUCAAUGUUCUGCAAGAAUAUGUAUGCGUUUUAUACAAUGUAAAAGCAAGAAAAACUGUCAACGAAGCAAGGUGUAUCAUAUUCGAUAGGAUUUAUACACCGAAAAGCUGUAAUGAAGCUUUCAAAAAGAAAGCUAUGAAAUUGGAAGCAACGUCGUUUCCCCCUUGUUUCAGGGAGUUAAAACAACAUAUGAAGAGAAGUACCUACAUAGCACAGAUUUGGUGUAAUGCCUACAAACAAAUACCGUCGACCUUGUUACCAAUAAGAUAUGGAUGGAUGUUCAAUGACGGUCGGUACGAUUUCGACUGGUUCCACGGCGAGGAAUGCCCCCAAAAAGUCAGUGACAUAACGGAACCGGAUGAGGAAUCAGGCGAAGAAAUUGAUGACGUCAUAGAAAAUGAUAGAGAAGAUAAUUCGGACGUCGAUGAAGACGUUGACUCCGAUAACAACUCAGCGGCUGAUUCCGAUACUGAUUAAUUUAAAUAAAAACCUUAUUUUGUAUUAUCAUCUUUAAAUAUAUCGAAUUUAUCUAAAAAAUAGUUGUUUCAUUUUCAUCAGCCUAAAAGAUAUGGACUGCAUUAAAAUGUACGGCAUCAU